AUGAUAGCCCCGUCAAAAGAUCAAAUGAUAGCCCCGUCAAAAGAUCAAAUGAAAGCCCCGUCAAAUGAUCAAAUAAUAGCCCCGUCAAAAGAUCAAAUGAUAGCCCCGUCAAAAGAUCAAAUAAUAGCCCCGUCAAAAGAUCAAAUGAUAGCCCCGUCAAAAGAUCAAAUGAUAGCCCCGUUAAAAGAUAAAAUGAUAGCCCCGCCAAAAGAUCAAAUGAUAGCCCCGUCAAAAGAUCAAAUAAUAGCCCCGUCAAAAGAUCAAAUAAUAGCCCCGUCAAAAGAUCAAAUAAUAGCCCCGUCAAAAGAUCAAAUAAUAGCCCCGUCAAAAGAUCAAAUAAUAGCCCCGUCAAAAGAUCAAAUGAUAGCCCCGUCAAAAGAUCAAAUAAUAGCCCCGUCAAAAGAUCAAAUAAUAGCCCCGUCAAAAGAUCAAAUAAUAGCCCCGUCAAAAGAUCAAAUGAUAGCCCCGUCAAAAGAUCAAAUAAUAGCCCCGUCAAAAGAUCAAAUAAUAGCCCCGUCAAAAGAUCAAAUGAUAGCCCCGUCAAAAGAUCAAAUGAUAGCCCCGUCAAAAGAUCAAAUGAUAGCUCCGUCAAAAGAUCAAAUAAUAGCCCCGUCAAAAGAUCAAAUGAUAGCCCCGUCAAAAGAUCAAAUGAACACAAGGCUUGUGAAACGCAAUUUACUUUGA